CAAUGCAGAGGGAGUAAUUCUGUUGUGUUUUUUUUUUUUCACAGGUUGGAGUUCAUUGGCUUUGGAGAAACGACACCGGCCUUUUUCCUCUCGAGGCCAUGUGAUCGGCUCUCGAACGACGCGACGCUUAUCGGCCGUCCGUGCUCGCAAGCUGGUGGCGGUUUUAUUGCACUCCAUGAACGAUUCCUGGGUCCAAGCUGGUCUUUUUGGGAGCAAAAGCUGAGAAAUUUGUCCCGGAAUGGCUGGUUCCAGCAAAAGCCGAGGUGUUUUGGAGCUUUGGAGCUGCCGCUAAUGGCUGGUGGGUCUCAGAAUGUGGUCUCGAUGCUAAAGGGAUGAGCCAAAGAUGGGAUUUUUAUUAGGAAUGGCAUAGUGAUUCUUGGGCUGUUGUUGAACAAAACAUCAGUGGUUUGUUGGUUUGGGGAUGCGAUUGGAGGCAAAAAGAUGGGACAUUUGAGCAGUUUGCGCAUCGGGCUGAGCCUUGUCUCAGGGUUCCUGUUCCUGGCGCUGGCAGCAGAGCUUUACUACUUGUUUUGGUGGAAGAAGAGAGAACCUAACAGAGAUAUAGAGGCUAACUACACUAGUCCCGUGAGAGAGCUACUGUAUCUCUUCUGCUGGAAGAAGCCAUCUUCUCAGAGUCCCACAGCUCUCAAUCCCCAAGAAAUCUCCACUUCUGCAAAUGCCACAGGUCACUCCGAUGAUGGUCAUCUUUACCUCCACUCGAACUCAGGUAAGGAUCUUCUCUUGAGGCCAUUUGGAGGAGGAGAAGAGAGCAUGGAGGCAGAGCUCAUGAGGCUUCACAGCCUCUCAGGGCCUCCAAGGUUUCUCUUCACCAUCAAAGAGGAGACCAAAGAGGACUUGGAGUCAGAGGAUGGGAGAUCCAGAGGAGGGAGGAGCAGGAAAGGUUCCAGAGGGAAGAGCUUGAGUGAUUUGCUGGUCUCUGUGGAGACCCCAUUUUUAACUCCUCUCUCUUCCCCUCCUUUCUUCACCCCACCUCUCACCCCUUUGGAUUGCUACAGUCAACAUGGAUUCAACCCCCUCUUUGAAUCCUCGAAGGAAGAUGAUUUGAGUAGGCUGAAGUCCUCACCCCCUCCAAAGUUCAAGUUUUUGAAGGACGCUGAGGAGAAGCUCUCAAGGAAAACACUAAUGGAAGAAGCCAUGAAGCCCCAGAGAAAUGGGGAAGUCGUCGAGGAUGUGGCCAAGAAACAAGCUUCUGUUCCUUCUCAUAAGCCUAUUGCUGCUGCCUCUCCUCCCACAUGCCCACCAGAAGAGGAGGAUGGGUCUUUCAUCACUAUAGUCAUGGGAAAGAACAGAGAGAAGGGGCACCAACUCUAUUCAAGCUCUUCGCAGGUAAUUCCAUUACCUUCUUCUCCUUCAAACAUUAGAGCAACCCAUGGGAAGCCUAUUUCUCACCUGAGUUCCAAGGAAUGAGUAGUAGUCAUGGUUUUAAUUGUUGUUUGAUCUUUAGUCUACCAUUAGAUUUGUCUGUGAAGGUUGUAAAGAGGAAUAUAAAAGAAACUCUGUUUUGCUUAUCAA